CCCGUGGGCCGUAGUUUGAGGACCCCUGCUUUAAGGGUUUCACAAGCAGGGAGCGGGGUUUAGGGUCAUGUGACCGCUGUGACACGCCGUCACAUGAUUGGGAAAGGUCCCAAUCGAAAGAGGAGAUCGGUACCUUUCCAUGAGUACCGGACAUGUGUGCUGGGAGCACGCAGGGCGUGCGCUCUCAGCACAUAUGUCUUUUUUUAAUAGAUCGCAAAUGUGUGGCCACUCGGCGUCUAGGCCCAGACGCCGGGAGGCCGCACAUUUGCGUUCGGCUGGCGUGAAGAGAUUA